AUGACGUUGGAACGUGGUUCGUCGCUAGUGUCAACUCCAUCUGCUCCAGCUAGAAUGCCCGUAGAGUCAGAGGUUCUUGAAGCAUUUGAAGAUGUUUUGAACAAAAUGGAUUUACCACCGGAUAAAAUGAGAGUGCUCAGGAAUUAUGAUUUGUCAAAAAAGUGGGAUCUGGUUAAAGAUCAGCGCAAAAUGCACGCAGUGACUGAUCCCAGCGUUUAUUUGGAGAAACUUUCCCUGUACCUUGAUAAAAAGGCGUCAAAGAAGGUAGUUUUUUUGGACUUAAAAGUUAGCGAUUUCUCAAUUCCACAAUAG